AGCUACAUUAGCCCACAACGUUUCUCACUUGUAAGUUGUUUUGCAUAAACGUUUAUGCUAAAUAAAUGUAAUGUGAGUCAUAACUGGCCAGGUGAGAGAUAGGAGGUGUAAAAAAUGUUUUGUACCCCCUUAUAAAACCUCAGAACCCCCCUUUAUAAUUCAGUGGAGCCCCCACUCUCUGUAGCCCCUCCACCCAGUCUCUGUAAUGGCUGCCAUCUCACACGCAUCCUGAGAUUUGACGUCCCCACCGCACCCACGCCCAUCCCCCCUCAACACUCCCUCCAUGGCUUGCUGAAACUCUCAAAUCUUGCAGAUUUGACUGGUGCGAAACCUACAAAAUGUCCAUUAUAACGAAUAACUUUGUCUCCUGAAGCAUUACUGUGGGAGAUUAUCGAAUUUUAUUAAUUAAUUUCAUAGUUUUAUUACUUAAUUGAUGCGUGGUAACGUUGUGAAGGCUGAGUUAAAGUGUCAUUAGUUGUUUACACAGGGCUGAGCCGUCAGCCUCAGCUAGCUGCUUUUUGUAUCCAAGCAGGAACUCCGGUUUGUGCCGGAGCCUAAAUCAAGCGCUCCUUUAUCACUGCCUCACACCUGCACCAACGACGGCAUUCAGACCUUCAUGCUAAUGUCUGAGGAAUGAGGAGCAUUCUAGCUGUGCCACACUGAAGAAAAUGAAUGCCAACCAGAGUUUUAGAUCAUAUGAUGGAAGUGCCGGUAGCGUGGGAGAGGUUUGACGAGUCUACACCCAGCUGUCCCAGUUCAAAAGCCACUGAUGAGACAAAUGAGCUUGAUCCUGAACAGAGGCAAAAGGAUCAAACACGUCACACUUGUCACCUCAAGAAACUCAAAGCCCAUCAUGAUAAAUGUGAGGCUCAUUACAAGGCAGCCUGUGUAAAGAUGGCAAAUGAAGAGAAGGAGAGGACGUCUUGUCUACAUGAGAAGGGUUUAAUGCAAUCACAACAGUCAUCCAGUGAGAGUGACGAUACCAUCAUCCUUGGUCCAACACCAGCUGCAGUAAUCCAGGACAUGUGUGCCUGAGCUCGCCAGAACCAACAGUGUGAUUUUACACGAACAAAUGCUUGGAUACACAGAAGAGGCUCCAUCAAGUUCUGAGAUCAGUGAGGAAGAGUAUGUUCCUGAAUCUGACAGUGACAGUUCAGUAGAUGUUAAACAGCUUAAGGGGAGGAAGAAAAGAGCCCAGAAAACAACUUCAGCUUCUUCUCUGGAAGUCCAACCACUUAAGAGAAGGCGUGUGACCACUUCUUGUUCCUUGGCUGCAAAAGACCCUGGAGAAUCUUCUUCAGCUGAUGUGAAUGACCCUGGAGAAUCUUCUUCAGCUGAUAUGAAUGACCAUGGAGAAUCUUCUUCACCUGAUGUGACAGUCAUGACCCUGAAGAAGAAGGAAGAUGGCAGUAGGGUUUACAAUAAAAGGUAUUAUUGUGUAUUUUGUAAUAAACCUUAUAGCAAAAUGUCACGCCAUCUAGAAGCAAAACACAGUGAUAAACCAGAAGUGGCAAAUGCACUGAAAUGCCCCAAAGGCUCUAAAGAGCGAUGGCUGCAGUUCUCUUUAUUGAGAAACAAAGGAAACCGUGCCCAUAAUAAUAAAGUGAUUAAAGAGGGAAAAGGAAUGGUCAUACCCCGUCAACAAUCCACCAAACCUGCAAAAGCUGCUGAUUACUUGCAUUGCAUCUACUGUGAGGGUUACUUCAAGCGGAAAUCCUUGUGGAGUCAUAUGCGGAGGUGUAACCUCAGUCAAAAAGUCAAAGGACUUAAGCCAGGAACAUCUCGAGUCCAAGCCCUUUGUAAAUAUGCAGAGCCAGUACCUGACAGUGUCAAUGCACAAUUUUGGAAACUAGUACUUAACAUGCACCAUGAUGACAUAACAAAGGUUGUCCGCAGUGAGAAGUGCAUCUUGAAAUUAGGAGAACAUUUGUUCAAUAAACAUGGCCAAGAUGUUACAAGACACGAAUACAUCCGACAGAAGAUGCGUGAGACCGCACGAGUUGUUCUGCAAGGACAGAAAGAUGGCAAGUUGGAGAUGCUGUCAGAUUUCUUUGUGCCAGCUAACUUCCCUCACGUCAUAGAUGCCGUUCAGAAGGUGGCUGGCUUGGACGAGAGAACAAAAGUCUUCAAAACACCAUCUUUAGCACUCAAGUUGGGUCACAACCUCAACAAAGUGGCCAGUAUUCUUGAAUGUGAGGCUAUGAUCUCAGGCGAUGAGAAUACCAUUCAGAAUGUGCGAGUUUUCAAACAGAUCUGUGAGACCAGAUGGAGUGAGUGUGUCUCUUCCCAUGCCCUUAGGACUUUGAAUGAGGCUAAAUGGAAUGCUCCUCAGCUUAUUCCCUUUGCUGAUGAUGUCAGAAAAAUGCAUCAGUAUCUUGACACAAAAAGGAUUGAGUGCCAGAGAAACCUGAAGGAAGAAGCAGUAAAGAAGAACUGGGCUGAACUUGCCAAGAUCACACUGUGUGAGGUGAUAAUAUUCAACCGGAGAAGAGAGGGAGAAGUAUCCAAGAUGCCUCAGAAUGCUUUUACCUUGAGAGAUACUUCUGUCACCCAUCCAGAUGUGGAGCUUGCUUUGUCAGAACUUGAGAAGAAGCUGUGUAAGCACUUCCAGCGAAUUGAGAUAAAAGGCAAACGCGGCCGAAAGGUUCCCAUUCUCCUCACUCCUGAUAUGGCUUCAUCGAUGGAGUUGCUUGUACAAAAUCGUCAUCAUUGUGAUGUGUUGGAUGAAAAUCCGUACAUGUUUGGCAGACCAGACUCUCAAUCACUUCAGAGGAUCUGA